AUGUACGUUGUUCCUCCACCUCAGCAGCGAUCUGAUCCGCCUUCAGGAUCCGCUGAUUUGCGUCUUUACCAAUCUUGGAAGGGUACUAACAAAUUUAUUCUUCAGGGUCGAUUCAUAUUUGGACCCGAUGCAAGAUCGUUGGCGCUGACAAUUUUUCUUAUUGUUGCUCCGGUUAUAGUGUUUUGCAUCUACGUUGCCAGAAAACUUAUGGAUGAUUUUUCUGAUCACUUUGGGAUAACCAUAAUGGCAGUUGCUGUUGUCUUCACAAUUUAUAUCAUAGUUCUUCUCUUGUCAACAUCUGGCCGCGACCCUGGCAUAAUCCCUCGCAAUGCACAUCCUCCAGAGCUAGAUGGUCUUGAAGGCAAUCUAGAUGUUGUUGGGACUGGUCAAACUCCUCCAUUGCGGUUGCCUCGAAUCAAGGAGGUUUUGGUCAACGGAAUUGCUGUCAAAGUUAAGUAUUGUGAUACUUGCAUGCUCUACAGGCCUCCUCGAUGCUCUCACUGCUCAAUUUGCAACAACUGUGUAGAGAGGUUUGAUCACCACUGCCCUUGGGUUGGGCAGUGCAUAGGACUGCGUAAUUAUCGCUUCUUCUUCAUGUUUGUCUUCUCAACUACACUACUUUGUAUCUACGUUUUCGCAUUUUGUUGGGUCUAUAUCAGAAGAAUCAUGAAGUCUGAGGAGACAACAAUUUGGAAGGCAAUGAUCAAAAGUCCAGUCUCCAUAGUGUUAAUAAUUUACACCUUCAUAUGCAUGUGGUUUGUUGGUGGCCUUACUGCCUUUCACCUAUAUCUGAUAAGUACAAAUCAGACUACAUACGAGAACUUUAGAUACCGAUAUGAUCGACGGGACAACCCAUAUAACAAAGGAGUGUUCAACAACUUCAAAGAGAUAUUCUUCACCAGCAUUCCCGCGUCAAAGAAUAAUUUCAGGGCAAAGGUGCCAAUGGAACCAGUACUACCCACUCGAUCAGUGGGUGGAGGCUUUAUGAGCCCAAGUAUGGGAAAAGCUGUUGAUGACAUAGAGAUGGGAAGGAAAGCUGUGUGGGGUGACAUAGACACCGGCAUGGAUCAUUCUGAAGGUCAGUUAAACCAUCGCGCGGCUAUAAAGGAUGGGGAGUUUGGUGAAUUGUCUCCGGAAAUCAGGAUGACUGUAGAUGAGACGAGUGACCGUGUUGGAAUACAUCCAAGGAGAUCUAGCUGGGGAAGGAAAAGUGGAAGCUGGGAGAUGUCUCCUGAAGUUCUUGCUUUGGCGGCCAGGGUCGGGGAACAAAAUCGUACGGGUGGAGGUAGCAGCAGUUUGAGCACUGAGAGCCGACAUACGUAGCUGUCGAAAUGAAUGGCGUAGACACUAAUUAAAAAAAAAAGGGUUAAAUCUACAGCUAAAUUAAGAGUGUUUGUUAGAGUUGUUUUAGCCAUUAUGCUUCUAGGAAGGUAUUGUUUUGGUGUUCUGAGAGUUUGAGGUUUCCUUUGCAUGAUGCUGUAUUGAUCUUACUCAUUAACUGGCCUUUGCAUCUAUUGCAGUAGCUACUUCUCUCUCUCUCUCUCAUUUAUAUGUCUUUACUCUAAUGUAGAAUGCAUUAAUUUUUUUAGAGGAGAAUAUGUUAAUUCUUAAAAAUACAUUCUUGUUUAA